AUGAAGGAGCAGCUUGUGAAGAAGCAAAAAGGACUUUUGGGAAAUGGAAAUACAGAAAUAUUUACUUUUACAGUGCAGAAUGCACCGGACUGUGACAAUGACAUCUAUGGGGGUGAUCUGCACAUCUUCUGGAGGAAGAAGGAGGCCGGCCCCCUGUGGGACUUAGUAUUGUGGCCGCUCACCUUCCGGAGACUCCCCUGCUGGCCCCGCGGGCCGCCUGCCCGCAAACGACUGAGAGGGCGGUUGUGCGGGCAGAACGCAGGGCGCGCAGAUCCAAACGGGCUGGUCCAGCUCCCGGAGUUUUGCCCCAAUCGCGCUGGGGCAAUUUCUGUUCUCUUGGGAGAGCCUGUGGCCGCCGGGCAACUUGGCGUUUUCGAAAGACUCUGGGUGCCCCCUGUUUCUCCUUUCCCAGUUAUUGGAAUAAGAGGCCAGUGUAGGCCCAGAAGCGGAGAGAGAGUUGAAAAAACUGAGGCUCAGGGGUUAAGCAGCUUGUCGAAGGGCCAUAUUGAAGACUAUAGGAGUAACGACGCCCGAGGUCCAGCAUCUGUCAGGAUGCUAAGAAUCAUCAGCUACCUGAGCAAGGAAUGCGGUUCCUCUGCAGAGCUUGCCUUCAAGUCACCUGUUUCUACUGAGAAAACCCAGCGCUGUGGAGGCUGGUCCCCGUUGUGGGUGGGAAGACAGCGCGAGCCGGCACCCUUUCCCGCCAGGACCUGUCCCACCUGACUGCUCUCUUCUGCUUAGUCCUCAAAUUUGCCUACGAAGUUGGGCUUCUCCACACAGUGGUGGUGGUUUAGGUUUACAGAUCUGAGUCAGAUGAGACUCUGCAGUGAGACCCAGCCAGCUGAGAAUGUGGUGCCUCACGUGUGCAGUGAUGCCAGCCGGAGACCACGUGAGUGGCAAAAAAUAUUUAUUUAUAAAAUAGAAGGCCACCGGCAACCCAGUGAGGCCCCUCCCUGGCCUCCUGGGGGUACUGCUGGACGCCCCGGAGCAGUUCUUCUUCAAAGGGGCCCCCACCUGAUAAGGAUGACGGAAAGGGCCCCCAGUUCAGCUGACUCAAGAUGACCCUGGGCUCUAGGUCUUUGACCCAGGGGCAUGCUAGCAUCUCUGCAUAGGGAGCCAUAGCCCCAAGUUCCAGCCAGGCCCCCUCCCCUGGCCACCAGCCACUACCCUUCUGGAGCUCACCAACAAUAAGGACCUCCACAGGCCACAUCCCUGGGAGGAGGACUCUGAGGAUGUCGGGUGGUUCUGUUGUUGGGGCCUCCCUCUCUGUGCAUUGGAGCACGUGGCUGUCUGAUGUAACUUGGCCAUGCGCUGGGCCUGGUACCUGUUGUUCAAUGGUGGAUGGUGGGGGCACCAGGUCCCAGAAGCUCACGGUGGUCUGAGUGGUGAGUCCUAGGACAGAUGUACCACUGGUGGUGGGUGGAGGCACGAGGUCCUAGGAGCUCACGUGGUAAAAGUGAGAAAAUAUAUACCAGAUGUCCCACUGGUGGUGAUAUAGGUAACACCAGGUCCCACACACAGCUUACUGGGUUAUAAGCAGCAGCUGCUAUGCUUGAUGAUCCAGUGGUACUUGGAGGCAAU